UCCCAGAGAGGAGGGAACAUCACGAGGCAGAGAAAGAGAGCCAAACAGGGAGAACAGAACCCUAGAACGUCUACACCUGUUGAUAUCAUGAAGCAAAUCAUCCCCAAGGUCUCAGCAUUCUUGUCGCUCUUGUCGCAUUUCUUGUUUGCUGCUUAUACUUUGUCGCGUCUUGUUCUUUCUGGAAUUCUUUGAUUUAGAAAACACACGCGAAGCUUAAUCCGUGCUGACAUGUCUAUUUCCGCAGGUCAUCGACUAUCUGGCCAAAAAGGGAUACAGUCGUACUGAAGCUAUGCUUCGGAUGGAGUCUGCAAAUCAAGAGAUUGAUGGACGUCCUUUGCCUCCUCUUGGGGAAGAUGCACGUCCGAAAUACAGGCUUGGAUUUGAUUUGCUCAAAGUCUGGGUUGAAGACAACCUUGAUCUAUAUAAACCGGAACUAAAACGCGUCCUUUGGCCCCUCUUUGUCUACACAUUUAUCAGCAUGGUCACCUCUUUCUACCCGCAAGAUGCCCGACAAUUCUUUGACGUGAACAAGAACCUCUUCCUGCCGGAGCAUGCGGAGGAUGUGCGCGCUCUCGAACCGAUCAGCCUUCCAGAACAUGUCCAGGACAACUCAACCGCCAAGUUAUAUCGCAACAACAAGUACCGCCUGAUUCUCAGUAACCCGGCAUUUGGGAACCUUAUGCAGUUUCUUGAGAGCAAACAGAAGGAGGGUGGCUCAGUCAUGUCUGCUCUUCUGAGUAGUUACUGUACGAUCCUUACACGGGAUCGCGCGGUCGAUGACCGAUUCAGUUUUGCUGCCAUGCUGGGCCAAGCUGGCAUGGGUCAAACAUUCCCUGCUGAGGAUGAAGGUAUUCCAGGUCACCACCCAGGAUCUGCUUAUACUGGCGAUAACCCGGCCAUGGCGGGGACGCUACCCCGUUUAAAACUGGGGAAGCUCCCGAUGGAGCAGAACCUGGAGACCGAUGUGCGAGGCGAGCUUGUGGACGAGGACACGAAGAACCCUCCGGGGCCUGGUCGUAACACGCUCCUCCAGGAGUUUGACCAGAUGAUCAAAAAGGAGGAAGAUGAGGACGCUCCCACUAGGGCUGACAUUCCUUACCCUCCAUCGACUGCCCGGGACGUGGCUAUGGAAGUUCAGCACGUCAAGGAGAAUCGUGAUAGAUUCAAAAUCGAAGGUCGUACCGGUGGUGUUGGCCCAGCUGUUAGUGUCUGCAUGUUUACCUUUCACAACACCUACGAUGGGAUCACAUGCUUAGAUUUCUCCGAUGAUAAUAUGCUUGUCGCAGCCGGUAUGCAAGAAUCCUAUAUCCGAGUUUGGAGUAUGGACGGCAAGAGAAUUUCAUCAACUUACGACAACGUCGAUGACACCCCUCCAUCCAACUCUCGCCGCUUGAUUGGGCAUUCCGGACCUAUCUACGCACUAUCAUUUGCACCUUCAGCCACACGAUCCGAGAAUGCUGUGGCACCGACCAAUGCUCGCUGGUUGCUUUCAUCCUCCGCUGAUAAGACGAUCCGCCUCUGGUCUCUUGACUUAUGGCAGUGCAUGGUUGUUUACAAGGGCCAUGACCAACCAGUGUGGGAUCUUCAAUGGGGGCCGUACGGUCACUAUUUUGUAACAGGGGGGCAUGAUAAGACCGCCCGUCUCUGGGUCACCGAUCACAUCCGUCAACAACGCAUCUUUGCUGGUCAUGAUCAGGAUGUGGAUUGCGUGGCUUUCCACCCGAACUCUGCCUACGUCUUUACCGGCAGCUCCGAUCAUACUGUCCGCAUGUGGGCAGUGACCACCGGUAACGCUGUGCGUAUGUUCACCGGCCACACCGGAAACAUCACUGCAUUAGCAUGCAGCAGAGACGGAAGACUCCUGGCAUCUGCAGAUGAUCACGGCUCGAUCUUCCUGUGGGACCUGGCACCAGGACGACUCCUGAAGCGCAUGCGUGGCCACGGAAAGGGAGGCAUCUGGUCUCUCAGCUGGAGCGUCGAGUCAACAGUUCUAGUCUCCGGAGGCGCAGACGGAACCGUUCGCGUCUGGGACGUCAUAGGUCCAGCCCAAGACCCGUCCCAGGGCCGUAUUGUCGGUGAAGGCGGAGCUGGAACCAAGGUCGACGGAGGCAAUACCUCAGGUAGUGCGCAGACCUCAAGCUCUGUUGCUCCGGGUAUGGGCAAGAAGAAGGGCAAGGACGUGGUUGUUACGCCGGAUCAGAUCAGCGCGUUCCCUACCAAGAAGAGUCCUGUUUACAGGGUGAAAUUCACCAACAUGAACUUGAUCAUUGCUGGGGGCUCUUAUCUUCCGUGAUGGCGGGUGUGAGUUUAAUGCUGGAUUUGCAUGCGAUAUAUGGCGCCGGAUACCCGAUUUCUGUUUUCCCUUUUUCUUUAUUCUGUUUUUGGCUCAGAUUGCUAGAAGUGCGAUUGCCUUCUCAAACAUGAUAUUAGCGCAACACAUGUUCAUGUAUUUGGUGGCUGGAAUUCAACGGCGUCCUGGCACUGCUUAUAGAAACGGGAGUGGGGUUGAUCAGUUUUGUAUAUUUUUGAUUAUCCAUUGAAGUAGCUUGAUCUUGAUCAUUCGAAAUCAUU